AUGAACUACACACAAUUUGAGUAUGGAACAGAGCUUACAUUGGCAUCCAGCAUAGGCAUGCUACACCUUGGUACAUUUUAUGCGCCUGGGGCUGUUGCUGAUUCUCCUGUUUGCUCUCCAGGACAUGGGCUUCAGUUUGUUCGACUGAGAAGAGCGAUCCCCACUAUCCAUGGGCUUGCUGCUGGGCGAAAGGAGUUGAUCAGCGCCUGUCCGGGCCUUCACAAAUGGCCCAUGGUGGCGGCUGCAGGUGACUGUGAGAGGCUUUUUGAGAGAGGGGGAGCGCCCUAUCUCUGGUGCAAAGAUUGA